AGAAUACGAGUGAUGAUGGAACUGACCGUGCUGAGAACCAUGGUGGUGGUGGUGGUGGUGGUGGUUUUGGUGUGUGGGGUUGAGUCCUCCACACCCCCCCAGGUCGUGGUGUCAGGGGGGCCUAUCGUGGGGGGCGUGUACCGCAGUGCGGGAGGCCGACACUACUACGCCUACAGGGCGGUGCCCUACGCAGCAGCACCCGUUGGCGACCUCAAGUUCCAGAACCCAGUUCCCCCGGAGCCAUGGACCACACCUAGGAUGGCAGACGCCCCUGGUCCGUUUUGCGUUGGCGGCGGCCGCGGCUACAUGACUGGGGAAGAGGACUGUCUCACAGUCUCCGUAUACACUCCUGUUAAGCCGGGCGAUGACACGCAGAGCCUGCCAGUGCUGGUUUGGCUGCCAGGAGGAGCGUUCGUGGUAUCGGGGGCAGCAGCGUACGACCCUACCAUCUUGAUGGACAUCGACGUCGUCCUCGUCAUCCCGCAGUACAGACUCGGCAUUUAUGGAUUCCUGUACAUGGCGGAAGGCGCCCCUGGGAACUACGGCCUGCUGGACCAGGUGGCGGCGCUGCAGUGGGUGCAGCAAAACAUCGGCCAGUUUGGCGGCGACCCUUUACGCGUCACCCUCGCCGGGGACUGCGCUGGGGGAGCGUCCGCGCUCUACCACAUGAUCUCCCCGCUCUCGGAAGGACUGUUCCAAGGAGUCAUAUCCUUGUCGGGAACUCCGUUGAAUUCUUGGGCUCGUCAUCUGAUUGCUCGCCAAACGAACUUCCUUUACUCUAUCUUCACAGGAUGUCCUCGAUAUUCUCCAAGCGUGCUCAAAGGCUGCUUCGCCGACACCAACAUUGAUAGGAUGAAGCUCAGUCUCAUGACCAUGUCGAAAAGCAAAACUGCUGGACCUGACCUGCUGUACAUAGGGAACAACAACCAGGCACCAGUGGUUCAGUACCAGCAUGGCGAUCCACAAAAUCGCUUCCUGGACGAAGAACCUGUCAUCAAGUUUGGCCAAGGCAACUUUGCGAAAGUACCUGUAUUGCUGAUGGCUUCUAAAGAUGAAGGCAACUUCAUGCUAGAGAUGGCCUUGCACCAAUGGACGUUGGACAGGAUCGAGAAAGAUGAAACGUUCAACGAUGGCGUCGUGCAAGAAGUCGCCACCAGAAUAGGGCUUGAAGGACACAAGGAACCGGUUCAAAAAUUCGUUUGGGACAAGUAUUUCCCUGAGCUGAAGGGAACCACAUAUGAAGAAAAAAUACCUGCGAUUGCGACGUUAUUGAGUGAUGCUCUCUACUACAGCGGCUACAUUGCUCUAGCUCGCUAUCUCAACGACCAUGUACCGACGUAUCUUCUAAGGUUUGACUUCGAGGAUGGGCCACACUACAACCACUUCAACCGCAGCGAAAUUCAAGUUGCGUCCACCAUACCUCCAGGAGCUGGCAACUUGGAUCCUUUGCACUACUUCCUACCUGAGGAAUACCAGCCCUUCGCUACAGAAGACCAGAAGAAAAUCAGUAGUAAUCUCCUCUACAUCAUCAAAAACUUCGUGAACGCAAAAUUGCCGACAAAGUGGCCAUCGACAACCGACGAUGGCCUAGAGAGCCUCAUAAUCACCAAGGAAGCUGGAGUCGAGCAAGGAGAGUUCAUUUCGAAGGAACGGGCCGCUGCAUCUGAAUACAUAUUCAGAGAACAGAAUAAGCAUACUCUGGCCAAACUGCGUCGUCUGGUUCCACGCGAUGAGCUCUGUCCGUCACCGGUACAUUUUUAUAAUAUCAUAGGCUUCUCAAUAAGUCCGGCCAUGCGGAUGAUAGUAGCGGCGCUGGCGCUGCUCUGGGUCGCGGGCGGCGAAGGCGUCGUCGUGGAUGUGACGGGGGGCGCCGUGCUGGGCGCUGAGGAGACCAGCGCGGGGGGCAGGCGCUUCUUUGCUUUCAGACACGUGCCCUUCGCGGCGAGCCCUGAGGCUGACGGCAGGUUUAAGCCGCCACGGCCUGUUCAUCCGUGGCGAGGUGUCCUGAUCUCCAACGUGUCGGGACCUGUCUGCGCUCAGGCCGGACGUGGCGUUAUGGUCGGGCAGGAGGACUGCUUGCAUCUUUCAGUUUACACCCCGCACGAUUUGGAAAGCGAACAAUCUUUGCCGGUGUUGGUUUGGCUGCACGGCGGAGCUUUCAUCGUCUCUGGUGCGAGCGACAUCGACCCUCGUCUGCUCAUGGACCGAGACGUGGUGCUGGUCGUCCCUCAGUACAGACUAGGAUUUUUGGGAUUCAUUUAUGCCUUCGAUCCUGCCCCCGGGAACUACGGCCUGCUGGACCAGGUGGCGGCGCUGCAGUGGGUGCAGCAAAACAUCGGCCAGUUUGGGGGCGACCCUUCACGCGUCACCCUCGCCGGGGACUGCGCUGGGGGAGCCUCCGCGCUCUACCACAUGAUCUCCCCAGCUUCUGUAGGUCUGUUUCAUAGAGUGGUAUCGGUGUCUGGAACACCACUGGAUGUGUGGACAAAACACCCCGCUCUGAGAAGGACAAUGGUGGCCUUCGCUGAUGCUCUCAGAUGUCCUCGGUCGGCCCUGAGCGCCAUGGUGAACUGCUUUAUCGCCGCCCCUCUGGAACUUCUACUCAACACGCAAGGAGCAUUUCUCGAGAGGCAUGACAUCCUGAUCGGCAAUGCGUAUCUCGCCCCAGCGGUACAAUCUCGUCACGUCUCGGAUGAGUCUGCUCAAUUCCUGCUCGAUGAGCCGCUUACUUUGCUCACGCAUGGUAACUUCACUGAGGUUCCAGUCCUUCUUGUAACAUCAAAAAAUCAAGGGAAUUACAUCGUUGGCAUGACUCUCUAUGAAUGGCUGCUGACGAUGAGGGACGAACUUGACGAUGACUUUAACGACGUAUGCAUCGCUAAAAUUGUCAAAGCAUUGGGUUUCAUUCCUGGGGGGAAGGAGGAACGUCUAAUUCGGCAGCAAUACCUGACAGGACUCCGUGACACUUCUCUUUUAGAUAAACUGCCAGCCCUGGCUGAGCUGCUAGGUGACGCUCUAUACAACACCGGGACACUCUUCACUGCACGACUUCUUAGCAAAAAAGUUCCCACGAGAAUUUUACGGUUUGAUUUCGAAGACGGUCCUCAUCGGUUUAAUCAUCACCCUGAUUUAUCCGAGAAAAAGCUGAUGGCGCCGGGGGCUGGUCAUCUGGAUCCACUAAAUUAUUUCCUGCCGAAGCAUGUCGAGGAGUUCGAGACCAAGGAACAGCAGCGCAUCAGCUUCCUUAUGCUGGAUAUAAUUGAGAAUUUCAUGAACGGACGAGAGCCGACAGUCAGUGACUUGCCCCAAGUCACUGCAGAGGAGGAUGUGGAGUGCGCUGUGGUAAACCGCAAUGGCUUCUUGACUCAAGAUUCUUUCUUGCCUCCUGAGCGCGCGGCCGCUGCUAGGAUCUUCUUCGAGAAGCAUCAUGUCAGCGCCCUGUACCAGAUGGGCAUGCCACCUCCCAGGGAUGAGCUGUAAAAAAAUAAUAGUUUAUCGCAAUG